GCCAACUCCAACUCAACUCCAACACCAAAAAUGGCAUCCACCGAGCCAGAACUCCGGCAGGCACCCGACUCUGCCGCUCCCGGGGAAGAACCCCCGGUGGUGGUGGAAGCCGACGCCGACCUCCUGGAACGGGGGAUCUGCCGGGUGGAGCUCCCGCCGGGGCUGGACCCCGAGCGCUGGGCGGCCGAGCUGUCGAGGCCGACCCCCCUGAACUUUGGCUUUGAGGGGGACGGCGAGGCCUUUUUGUACCGGAACAUCAUGGACGAGCCGGGGUUUCCCUUCGAUUUGGUCUUGCUUGGGAGUGGCGGAGACGGAGACGGAGACAGCCUCUCGGAAAUCGGGCGGGCGGUCCUCGAGCACUUUCCCGUUCUCCCGAASGGCAGCGGGGACGGAGGAAUCCGCGAUCCGCGGAAGGUCCUGUCGGAGGAGCUCCGGCUCGACGACGCCUUUUGCGUCCACUACCACGAGGACCAGCACGACACCCGCGGAAAAAAGCACAGGGACCCCAGCGACAUUACCGUCAACCUCUGCCUCCACAAAUCGGAAAACGCGGAGGGGAGCCUCGUCAUGUUCCACGGYGCGAGAACGCUAAGGAACGCGGGCAACAGCGACAGCAACAGCGACAGCGGAAGGGCCCUUGCCGGUGGGGACCGCCACCGCCGCUUCCUGGUGCCCCAGAAGCAGGGGCACGCGACCCUCCACUUUGGGGACCACCCGCACGAAACGACGGCCCUCACCCGCGGGAGCCGGACCAACGUCAUCCUCACCUACGUCUACACGGAUCCGAGCCGGAGCGACGCGACCACCCGGAYGUGCUACUGAGCAAUGCUUUUCGGCGGAACGGACCGUGCCAGAAAGCCAGCAUGCUCCCUUGUCUCUCGUCGGGAGAAGAACGACAAAGCUGUGCAUCGACUCGAGAAGCUUUUCGGGUGCGAGAAACCCCUGCUUUCCUUUCCAAUGGACCUGGGCGGCAUCCCUGUCGGCUGCGGGAGAAGAACGACGACGGGACAAGCAUUCCUCGCCGCCCUUGCCGACCGAUCCGCGCGACGCCAAGGGACAUCCCGCGGACCGAACGAGAUGCGAAGAUGCGGGCUCGCGGUCCGAUCCGAGGCAAAACGAUGGGUCCGCAAGGGACCGGGGUCGGUGGCACACGGAUCGGGCCGAUCCAUCCGGGGGGGACGACCCAUUUGCUGCCAGCGACGACGGACGGGAACUCCCAUCCUCGCGCAGCAGCCCAGGGCAUUGUUUUUCGUCUCGGCAGAACGAAAGGCUGGAAUUCACGAAAGAAAUAAUUCUUGCAUGGGUGUUUGAUACAUCAGAUACUGUAAUAAUAUUAUCAAUAAUAAUAAUAAUAUACU